GAUUGAGCCUGGACCGCAUACUCGCCCAUGCAGAGCUCGAGGAGCGUCUCCAAGACCGGUUCUACUCCUCCUACGGCGGAUCUACUUGAUGGCGCGUGAAGCGCCCGGCCGUGCCGGCCAUCUCGAUCUGCCCAUCGAACGCGACUGCCAGCACAGAAUGAAGCUGCCGACGAAGACGAAGUAUUGCACCCCGCUGCUGGCAAAGGAUCGCUGGAGCGGCCGUACAAUGUUCGCCGAUGAUAGGCACUUCAGGCAUAUCUACAGGCCUCACACAUGGCAAAGCUGCUGGGAAGGGCACCGUCAGAGGCAGCGGCAAGCUUG